AUGCAGAGCAGCGGACAACGCGAGGACGCUGAGGUCACAAGCGCAUCGCAGCAGUCAAUACUACUAGUGGAAGUCCAGGAUGAAUCCGUGCUCGAGCAGAGUCUUCCUCCCGAAAAUGCGCAGCCAGCGAUGAGACCAGUGUCAAGGAAAAGACAGACGAGUAUCUUGUUAUGCGCUUUUAUGGACGUGUUUGUCACAAUCGGCCUGAAUCAGGCUUAUGGAGUUUUUCUCAACUAUUAUCUCACUGAUGGAAGCAGUGAAAAGGACCCUUUCUUACCCAAAAGCGAGGUCUCGAGCAAAGCGAUGCUGGCAUUCGUUGGUACAUUGGCUGCGGGCCUGACCUGGGGAGGCAGCAUCUUCGUGAAUCCGAUCAUGGCAAGAUCAAAAGAUCCUAGACGGAUCACUGGAGCUGGAGCUGUCCUCAUUGGCGCUGGCUAUGUCCUUGCAAGCUUUUGCCACAAGGUAUGGCAACUUCUUUUGACACAAGGCUUGAUCUACGGCGUCGGCACGUCAUUGAUGUAUUUCCCAGUCCUGGCCGUCGCACCCGAAUACUUUGAUGCUCAUCGUGGCUCUGCAAUGGGCUUCAUUUUGUCCGCUGCUGGAGUGGGCGGUUUGGCCUACGCUCCGGCGGCACGUGCGAUGCUGGCAAGUUUAGGCGCAGCCUGGACUCUCAGGAUCUUUGGUCUAGUCAAUUUGGCCAUAUGCGUUCCGAUUGUACUAACUACACCACCAUCACGAAGCCUUGUCAAGCGGCCGACACUUGUGGACAUCAGGCUGGCGAAAAGGCUCACGUUCAUCCUGCAAGCUUUGGCUGCUAUGGCACAGGCUGCGGGGAAUUUUGUGCCAUUGACUUUCUUGCCAGAGUUCAGCACGAGGCUGGGAUAUACGGCUGCUUUUGGCGCCGCACUGCUUUCCAUCAAUAACGCUGUCAACACCAUCAGCCGGAUAGCCAUGGGCUUCAUUGCAGAUGUUGCGGGAAGACAAAACACGCUUGUCCUCAGUGUCCUCGGAAGUGCCAUCACCGUCGUGGCGUUCUGGUUGUCCAGUGCUUACGGCGACGAUAUGAACCUCUGGAUAACUUUUGUGGUCACCUAUGGUUUGUUCGCAGGAGGAUACAACUCAUUGUUUCCGACCACUGUCAUUGAAGUGUUCGGCGCUCAAGCCUACGCAUCCGUCAACGGCUUCAUCUAUUUCAUUCGGGGUCUAGGAGCACUUUGGGGUUCUCCGGUUGGAGGUGCUCUGGUCAAAGGAGGAACACAUCCCCAAGCAUAUAUCACCAUGAUAUGGUACGAUUUUGGGCUGCUGAUGCUGUCGAGUCUGUGUGUCAUUGCUGUGAGGGGUCUUGAUGCUUCGGCGAAAGGCCAAUUCAAGCUGAAAGCUUGA